AUGAUACCGGUGUUACCAGUCACAUUUGCAAUAACAUCUCAUAUUUUUUUUUCUCUUCGUCCCACUUCGGCUACCAUUCGUGGUCUUGGUUCUGCUACUGCUGAGGGGGUUGGCGACAUUGUCGUUGAUCUUCUUGGUAAAGAUGACCAGCCUUGUGACCGCGUUGUUCUUCGAGAUGUUUUAUAUGUUCCUAAGAUUCCUCGCAAUUUAUUUGCUGCUCGUCGAGCUACUGCUGCUGGUGGUUGUCGGUUCAUUCAAGACCUUAACCAUAUUUCUGCUGUCGAAAAUGGCGAAACUCGAGUCCACGCCAUUGCCAUGGGUGACUUGUACUUUUGUCGUUUCCGAGUUGUUUUGCCUUCCAAGCCAGUCCAUGAGGUGUUUGCUGUUGAGUCGUCUGCCAAUCUUUGGCACAAGCGACUUGGUCACGCCAGUGUGGACGUUCUCAAGAAAUUAUCUAAGUCACUUUCUGUCAAGCCUACUCAUUUUGAGGUUGUGGAUAGUCAUAAGUGUGACGCUUGUUUGGCUAGUCGUCCUUUGGAGUUAUUUGUUUCUGAUUUAAGCGGUCCUCAUGUCGCUACCCCUGUGGGUCAUCGUUAUGUCUUAACCAUUAUGGAUUAUUAUUCCAGGUACUCUUAUGUGGAGUUGUUGGUUAGGAAAAGUGAUGCAAGUCUUGCCAUUCGUAACUUUAUUGCUAGGUGUGAAUCUUAUUUUUCUGGUGAUUCUGCUGGUGAUCGAGUUGCAUAUUUUCAUUCUGAUAAUGGCGGCGAAUACAUUUCCAAAGACCUGGAGCAGUUCUUUGUGUCUAAGGGUAUCAAGCAUACUUAUACAGUUCCUCAUACUCCUCAACAAAAUGGUGUUGCUGAGCGAUUGAAUCGCACAUUAUUUGAGAAAGCCAAGUCUAUGCUUUUAUAUGCUCAUGCUCCUGAAUACUUAUGGGGUGAAGCUGUCAAGUCUGCUAAUUAUAUUAGGAACCGUCUUCCUAGUCGUACCACUGGUGGUGUUGCACCUCUUCAACUUUGGACUGGUAAACCUCCUACUGGUGUUUUUGUUGGGUAUUCCUUGGAUCGUACAGCUUAUCGAGUUCUUCUUGAUUCAAGCAUUGUUGAAGCCAGGAGUGUUUACUUUGAUGAGUCCAAGUUUCCAUUUAUGAAAAGUGAUAAGGACUUGUCUAUUAAUGGUACUGGUGUUGGGUUUAGUGUUGGUUCUGGUUCAGGGUCCAUGUCAGGACCUUGUUUUGAUUCUAAGGGGACUGUUUUGGGUCUCAUAGAUCUUUACCAGCAUCCUCAUCUGGUUCUGGUUCUGGUUCUGGUUCUAUUUGUGCUUUUACCGUCUCCGUCUCCGUCUUCUUCUCCGUCUCAUUCUCCGUCGCCGCCUCCUUCUUCUUCUUCUUCUAUUAUUGUUCAUAAGCCUCGUUCUGUUCGUCGCAUUUUGUCUACACCUUCUGCUCCUCUUGAGUCUCCUACUCUUCCUUCUAUUGCUUCAGUUCCAUCUCUUCCUAGUUCUCCUAUUCUUCCACCUUCAGAUCAUGAUGUCUCUAUCUCUCCUGACUCUAGUCCUAUUAUUUCUUCUUCGGAAUAUAUUCCUUCACAAUUAGACUUAUCUGAAGCUGGUCCAUCUAUUAAUGAAUCUGAUAUUUCAGGUGAUUCUGGGAUCUCGCAACGAGGGGGUGAUAUUGGGUUUCAACCGUCUAUCAUUGCUUCUCAAGAAUAUCCUUCGUCUGAUCUUGUUAAUUCUCUUGACCAAGCUGGUGUUAGUGUUGUCACUAAGGAUGAUACUCAAGCUGUUUUGCCUAAAUCUCGAUCUCGUGUUGUUGCUGUUCGUUUACCUUCUAUAACUCCUGCCAAACGCCCGAGUUCUGAUGACAUUGUUUCACCUCCUUCUAAACACCUUUGUGAAAAUUCUUUGAAACAAUCUCCAGUGUCUGCAACACCUGCAAAACGUCCAGCUGAAGAAGAGUGUAUUUCUUAUCGUCGUCUCAAAUCUCCCGCUUUGAAAGCUAUGUCCAGUGAAGAAGCUGAGUUUUGGCUUGAAGCCUGUGUUAUUGAAAUGUCGUCUCUUAAACGCAAUGGUACUUGGGAAUUGGUUGAUCUCCCACCUGGUCGCAAGGCUAUCAAUAGCAAAUGGGUAUUUAAAGUUAAGCGCAAAGCUGACGGUUCAAUUGAACGUUACAAAGCUCGUCUCGUGUGUAUUGGAUUUUCGCAAGUUGAAGGUAUUGAUUAUACUGAAACUUUUGCCCCGUUGUUCGUUCAUCAUAUGGAUGUCGAGACUGCAUUUUUAAUGGUGAUCUCAAAGAAGAUAUUUAUAUGGAGACAACCUAAAGGCUUUGUUGUCAAAGGUCAGGAAUCUAAAGUGUGUCAUUUGAAGAAGUCUUUAUAUGGUUUAAAGCAAGCUCCUUUGUGUUGGAAUGAGAAGAUUCAUGGUGCUCUUGUCAAACUUGGGUUUAUUCGUAAUGAAAGUGACUACGGUGUGUAUACCAAAGGAUCUGGGUCUACCAUGGUCAUUAUUGCACUGUAUGUUGAUGAUUUACUUAUUUCUGGCAAUUCUUCUGAAGUCAUUGCCAAAACCAAGUCUUCUUUGUCAUCUAUGUUUAAGAUGAAAGACUUGGGCCCAGUCGAGCAGUUCCUUGGCAUGAGAGUUAAGCAGUCACCUUACCAUAUUACUGUGGAUGUUUCGCGUUAUAUUUUUGAUAUGUUGGAAGAGUUUGGUAUGCAGAAUUGUUCAAGUGUCAAGACUCCUUUACCCACUCGUGAUCUUUCUGAUUUUUCCGAGUCUGACUCUGCUACCGAUGCCUCCAUGUAUCGCAGUAUUAUUGGUAAGCUGAUUUAUGCUGCUAAUUGUGCUCGUCCUGAUCUUGCUGUUGCUGUUAGUUUUCUUUGUCGAUAUAUGCAGAGUCCUAAGUCUAUUCAUAUGGAAGCUGCUAAGCAUACUCUUCGUUAUCUUAAGGGUACUGCUGAACUUGGUCUUGAAUAUCGAGCUCAGAAAGUCUACAAGCUUGUUGGCUAUAGUGAUGCCGACUAUGCUCAGGACAAAGCAGGACCUCCUGCAUCGUCCAGCGUCGAGUCUGAGUAUAUGUCAUUGUCUGAUGCGUCUAAGGAAUGCUUCUGGAUUAAUCAGUUGUUGUCUCUUUGCAAGAUUCCUGUUCCGUUGCCAGUGACUAUGUUUGAGGACAAUCAGGGAUGUAUUGCUUUGGCUCAGAACCCAGUGUUUCAUCGUCGUACCAAGCAUAUUGAUGUUCGUUAUCAUGUUGUGCGUCACUAUAUUCGCAGUGGAGUAAUUCAUCUGGAGUAUCUUGAUACUCAAGUGAUGUUGGCAGAUAUGUUCACUAAGAAUCUUGGUCGUGUGAAGUUUGAGACAUUAAGGGGACUACUUGGUAUGAAGGCAGUAGGUGAUUCUGCGACAAGGGGAGGUGUUGAGCAUGCAAUGUUGUCGCAGACUAGUGCAGUUGAUAAUGCACGUGAGUUUGGGUGGGAAACUAUGGUUGAUAACCUAUGUGUAUUUUAG